AUGUCUCAAAGCCAAUCGCUGAAAGCAACUUCCAAUCCUUCGGCGGCAGCUUUAAAAUCCGUUCUCCUAAAUUUCCUUCAAUAUUAUCAUUGUGGUAAUCCCGAAUGUAAAUACUAUCACGAAGAACAACCGUUGGAUCGGCCCCUCCUGGAGCAAAAGCUGGAUUCCGGAGAAGGAAUUUGUUUGAAAUGUUUCUCUUGCGAGGAACGGUUAUACCCGUGCGAGUGUUGUUCUCAACUCUUUGGUGGAGUUCAUUCAAACAUGAAUAACCAUCAUUCUCCUCAUGAUGAUGAUGAAAGAAAGGACAUGAUAAAAUUUUGUUCCUUCUGUAGCUUUCCGAACGUUGCAAAUAAUGAAUGGAGAAAAAGGCUUUCAACUCUCAUGUGCUCGGAACAAGACUGUAUGGAAUCUAUGAAAUUUGUACAAAUGCAACUGGUAGAAUUAUCAAUGAUCAUGGAAGAACAGCCUCAUGAGGGCGUUAUUCCAUCAUCAUCACUAACUGAGGUUCAACAGAGCUCUGUAACAUCUUCAUCAUCAUGCGAAAAGGAAUACUUUAAGCAUCUAGAAGGUCUAUUUGCCCCAAAUGAUAACAAAUUACUAGGAGAACUUUUUUAUGCAACACCCAUAUCCAUCUCUGCUGCUCUCAAGAAAUCUAUUGUCAUUCUGACAGAACCUAAGGCCAUAUUCACUGAGGCCGACUUUAAAAUGUUAAACUCUCUCUAUCGUAAUGAUGGCAAGGACGAAAUUGAGGACUCUCAUGUGAAGACUCUGUUGCUAAAUAUUGAAACUUUUUUCAUUAAGAACGGAGUGUUGCAUUCACUGCUUGAGAACAUCAAAAUGUAUCUAUUGUCGAGCGUGAAUUUUUCACUUAUUCCUAACUGUAGUCGACAUGGUGUUAUCAAAUCCAUUUUCAACAAUCAAUUCAUGCUCAUGAUGGAAUCUCUACAACAAGAAUUUCAUUUAAACUUGUAUCCUAAAAUUUUGAAACCUCUGAAUGACCAUUUUGCAACCCUAACAAGAUCACACAUGCAACACAGUCGCAACAACUUUAAUUUCCCACAAAAUAACAGAGAUCAGCAAGGAAAAUCUAUGCCCUCAUUCUUUGUGUAUCCCUUCACAGAACAAGCAAGCAUUCCUCACAGCAGCAAGGACACAACGAUACUGUUCGAGAAACGUUUCAAAUUAUGGCGACAGCUCUAUUUUCAUUUAUGUUACAUUAAUCACGUGCUGUCUCUGAGUCCGUUCUACUAG